AUAUUAGUUUUAAAAUGGAAGAGCAAGAUGAGAGAUGUUCAGAAGAUCGCCUUCGAAUCACUGGCUUGAGUGAUGUUUUGGACAUUGUUAAUGAUCUUAUAGUGGAGAAUGGCGUUUCUCCUUCAGAGCUGGGCCUUACAGAAACUCAAGCUAGAAAAAUGGCCAGUCUUUCAAAUAUACCAUGUAAGCAGAUAUAUAAAGCUGAGAAGGAUAAAAAAGAGUUACAUGCUUGGAUGAAAAGAAAACGAAAACAGAGACUUGCUGAAUAUAUGCAAACACUGUCUGAAAAACGGGCAAAAGAGCACAAUCCAUUCCAUUUGAGAAAGAUG